AUGCCGUCAAAGAAGCCAUCAACUCCGCUUCCAAAAGGUCAAGCCUCGUUGUCCACCUUUUUCGGCGGUGGUGGUGGGGCAAAAAGUGCAGGUCCUGCCUCAAGCCUGGCUUCUUCCCAGGAGGCCCCUUCGGCCACACGCACCUCUCCAGCCACAAAGAAAGCGCAACCUACCUCCAACUAUCUCGCCGACAAGACGCGAAGCUCGACAAGUCGUCGUUCAACCACAGCUACCAAAGCGGAUCCUAUGGUGAUUGACGAUUCGGACAACGACGAUGACGACGACGACAGGCCCGCUCCCAAAGCGAAAGCUAAGCCUGCCUCUGCGAAGAACAGCCCCAGGAAGUCAACAACGAUAAAGCGCAAGGCAAAGGAUGGUUCUUCGGAUGACAACCAGGAUGACGAUUACAACGAUGAGGAGGAUGAGGAUGAGGAUGAGGAAUUUAAACCUGCGCCCAAGCGGCCAGCUACUACUGCGUCCAAGGCUAAGGCGGCUACAUCCACCGCAACUCAGCCUACUCGACCGGCCGCAGCGAACGCGAAAGCAAUCAAGAUUGACGAUAGCCAUGAUGAAGAGGAUAGCGAGUUCGAAGCUGCACCACCAGCCAAACGCAUCACUAGUGGGAACAAAGGUGCUGCUCCUGCUAAAGCUUGGCCUGCUAAGAAACCCGCCCCUGCCCCUGCCCCUGCCCCUGCUGCUGCUACUACUAAAGCUGAUGCUCAACCCCCCACAGCGGCACCAGCAGCCAAAGCGAACUGGAGAGAGAUGCAAGCGCGUCGAGCAGCGGGUCCCUCGGCCCCUGGAUCCAAAGAAAUCCCGCAGGGCGCACCGAACUGUCUUGCCGGCCUCACGCUCGUCUUCACGGGCGAACUCUGCUCUCUGAGUCGCGAAGAAGCUGUGGAACUAGCCAAACGCUACGGAGCACGGAUCACGGGAUCGCCAUCCUCGAAAACUUCUUACGUUGUGCUUGGCCAAGGAGCAGGACCUAAGAAAAUGGAUUCCAUCCAUAAAAACAAAAUCCCCACCCUCGACGAAGAUGAAUUCCUCAACCUCAUCCGCACCCGUGCCGCGGGUCAACUGGAUGACAAGACCAAAGCCAAGAUGAAAGCGGAGGAGGACAAGAUCGAGCAAGUUGCCAAAACUCUCGGUCCUCCUUGCCAAGGUGCAGGUGCAGGUGCAGGUGCAGGUGCAGAUGUGGAUGCGGUGGAAUAUGGGAGUAUGUUGUGGACUACAAAGUAUGCUCCCAAGCAGAUGAAGGAUCUGGUUGGCAACAAAGCGGCGGUGGAGAAGUUAGCGGGAUGGUUGAGGGUUUGGCCUGAAUCGUAUCGAAGUGGCUUUAAAAAGCCGGGCAAGGAUGGCAUGGGCAUUUACCGAGCUGUGUUGAUAUCCGGUAGUCCAGGGAUCGGAAAGACUACGUCUGCCCAUCUCGUGGCGAAAAGGGAAGGGUAUUCACCAUUGGAAUUCAACGCGAGCGAUGCUAGAAGUAAGAAGCUAAUCGAAGCUAUGCUUGAGGAUACGAUUAACAACAAGAGUUUGGAUAGUUGGUAUAACCCCCGUGGUGGCACGGGGAGUCAUGUGGCGAGGAUGCAUGAGAGGACUGUGUUGAUUAUGGACGAGGUGGAUGGGAUGUCUGGAGGUGAUCGUGGUGGAAUAGGUGCGAUUAAUGCUUUGAUUAAGAAGACCAAAGUGCCGAUUAUUUGCAUCUGCAAUGAUCGAAGAGAUCAGAAGAUGAGGCCUUUUGAGCAUACGACGUUUAACCUUUCUUUCCGUAAGCCUGACGCUGCUCAGGUCAAGUCGAGGAUGUUGUCGAUUGCGUUUCGAGAAAAGUUAAAGAUACGAGGGGAAGUUAUGGCGCAACUUAUCGAAGCAGCUCGAUCAGAUAUCAGAAGCCUCAUCAAUAUGCUUUCUGCUUGGAAGCUGAGCAAAGAUACGAUGGAUUUCGACGAAAGCAAACUUCUCUCUUUCGACCAAGCCAAACCUGGUCUGGCAACACCUUUCUCUCUAUACUCAGACUUGAGCAGUGCCUCCAUGUUCGGUACGACCUCGAGAAAAACUUUGAACGACAAAGCGGAACUAUACUUCCAGGACCAUUCUUUCCUACCACUCAUGGUUGCCGAAAACUAUGUCAAAGCCCGACCUAUACUUCUCAGCCAAGAUUCAGGUCCAAUGAAAGAGGUUAAGCAUUUACACCUACUAAGCAAAGCAUCCGAAAGUAUCAGUGAUGGUGAUAUGAUUGAUCGAAUGAUCCACGCUUCCGAACCACACUGGUCUCUAAUGCCCCUCCACUCAAUCGCUUCAAGUGUUCGACCAUGUAGUUUCAUCUACGGCGGUACACAAACAGGCUUCCCCACCUUCCCCAGCUGGCUCGGCCAAAAUUCCAAACAGCAAAGAUUGCUCCGAUCCCUAGUGGAUCUGCAGGCCAAGAUGAGUCUCAUCUCUUCAAGCAGUCGACAUGAUCUUCGGCAGCACUAUGUUCCAACUAUGUGGACGAUGCUGGUCAAUCCAAUCCUACAGCAAGGUUCGAAUGGAGUGGACAAGGUGAUUGAUUUGAUGGAUGAAUACUAUCUCGGCAUUGCAGAUAGGGAGGCGAUACUCGAGUUAGGACUGGAACCGCACAAUGCCGAGAUUGUGUUGAAGAAGGUUGCUAGUGCGGUGAAAGCGGGAUUUACGAGGAAGUAUAAUUCGACUAGUCAUCCGAUAGCCUUCAAUCGAGGUCUCGAUGUGGGGGGUAUCAAGAAGGUUGGUAAAGAGCCGGUGCCUGAUUUGGAGGAUGUAGUUGAAGAAGAGGUUGUCCCAGAGGAGGAGGAGGAGGUGGUGAAUGAGGAUGAGGAUGACUUGGGCAAGGAUAAGCUUGUGAAGAAGUCUAAAGCUCCGGUGGGGGUUAAAGAGAAGAGUAAAGCUGCUGCUCGAGGUGGCAGAGGCAAGGCUAAAAGAACCAAGUGA